UGGCCAAUGAACACGAUAAAAGGAAUCAGUCGCUACCAAACGCAGUUCAGGAAAGUACAAUGACAAUAUUAUGUAAUUAUCAUCGCAAACUGGAGAAUAACAAGUAUUACAUCUAUUUAAUACAUAGUUCUCGUUCCUCUUUAAUCGAAGUAUACACGUGUUGAGCAAUCUUGAAUAUUGUACGACUAAACUCUUGUAAAUUGUUAUAUGCGCGACAACUUUAUAGAACAUCGUGUAGUCCGGUAUUUGCAUUUCGCGGUUAAGACAAUUGCGUGCUAAUCAUCCGAUACAGGAGAACGCUGUCCACAAAUGUAUCAGUUUCUAAACUAGUGGCUACUUAAACCGUGAGUGGCCAGUAUGGUAGUCGUCUACUUUUGAUCUGCGUAUUGGUUUCGUGGAAUUUUCGUCGCCGCGAGUGUAUCGUACAAUUGAAGAAUGACUCAAUGAAACUAAGGAAAGCGGCGUUUCGUUAAAUAAUGAAUUGCUGGCACGUUACGAUUUUACUACCCGAUCUUUGUUAACAUUUUGCCCCUGGUAGACGGGCACAGAGUCAGCACAACAUCGACGUUGACAGGUGGUAGUUGUCAUUUUCUGCUCGUCCCCUUGGAAAUUAUUGCACGAUGUUCGCGACGUUGAAGAAUAAAAUACGAGAAGAAACGGGUAGCGACGUGUCAACUGUCGUUAGAAAUGCUGGCAACGUGCGUGAUAUUAACUCGAAACAUACGUCUCAGGGUGGAUCCACUAGUAGCAUUAGCGAAUCUCAAAUUUCACUAGAUGGUUCACGCGAUGAAAACGCAGCGUCACCUUCACCGCCAAUUUCUUUAAAAAGGGAUAGCACUUUUGAUCUCAAAUUAAGCGAUGGUAUGCAACUCUCUGCAAAAGACAUAAAAAGGUUCGAGCAUAGAGAAGAAGAAUGGCAGAAGAGGCUAGUAAAAAAGGAAACAGAAUUACUAAAACGAAUAGAAAAAAAGGAAGAAGAGUGGAAAGUGAGGCUUUAUGAAAGGGAAAAGGAGUGGAAAAAAGUUGUUGAGAAACAGGAGAAGGAAAAAAAAAAAUUAGAAGACGAAUUACAAAAUACAGAACACACAAAACGUUCUAUGGAACUGGCACUUAAAGAUGCAGAAGAAUUUAAAAAGAUGAUAUACAACUAUCAAGAAGACGUAGGACAACUAGAAGAUUUACAAACUCAAGAGAUGGCGAAAGUAAAACAUUUGUUGCUGGUUAAAGAACAAGAGGUAGAAGAGAAAACGCAACAUUUAAAAGCAACCACUACCGAAAUUGAAAGUCUAAAAUCUGAAGUUUCCCGUCUUAGGCGAUACGAAGAUGAACUGAACAAUGUACAGGAUGAAAUGGAGACACUGCGUCAUUCUACUCAGCGCGAGAGAACUCAGCUUUCCUCCCAGCUGGCACAGACGGAGGAAGAGGCACGUCACCUGAAGGAUAAAGUUUUUGUGUUAGAACAAAGAGUUGCUUUAGGAACUAACGACCAAGUGACUGUCGAUGAGAGAAUAGCAGAUCUUAUGAGAGAAAGGGCAUUGUUGGAAAGAAAGUUAGAAGAGGCGCAUCUCCAUUUGUCCGAUAUAAAGACCAGUUGGUCAGGAAAGAUAUCCAGCUUGGAAACGCAGGUCGGUAGACUGAGCAGACAGGCUGGCGAAGAAGGUCUGGAGAGGAGACGCGUCGAAGAGGAAAACGAAAAACUAAGGCAAAGGAUCAAGGAACUGGAAGCUGAAAUAGAGGUGAACAAUAUUGUCAUGGCGACGAAAGACGCCAAGCUUUUGCGCAUGGCAGAAGACAUCGACGAGAUGGCCACGGAACUGAAAGAGCUCCGGGCCAGCGUCGAUGAUGAGGUGGAAGAGUUUAAGCGACAAAUUGAAUCUUCUUCGAAGGAAAUCACUCAAUUGAAGCAAGACUUGGAGGAAACGACAACAAAACUUUCAACCAUCACCUCGGAAGUAGCGCAUCUUCAUCUGUCUUUGGAAGGUGAACGAUCAAAUAAUUCCUCCUUACACUUACAAGUAGCACGGUUAAGGGAAGAUCUAGAAUCUGAACGAACUACAUCAGCAACGCUAAGAGUAUGCCUAGAAAAAGAAAGAGGAGAGAAAGACUUUGCUCUGCUGAGGAACGCUCAAGUCUCCCAGGACAUUGAAAUUGUAAAACAAGAGAACCGACAGCAGGAAAUUGAAAACACAGAACUACAGAAUAGGAUAGACAGCCUAGAGCAUAGUUUGCAAAGUAAAACUAAGGAAACGGAACAAGCAAUCGCUACACUAGAAGAAACCAAACAAAGAAUGUCGGAAUUAGAGGAAGCGGAACGGAAUAAUGAGAAAAUGGAGAGGAGCGAGAAACUUCUUAAAAGUAGCUUGCUGGAUCUAGAAGAACAAUUGAAUGAAAAAACGAAGACAAUCAAAGUCUUGCAGCAACGGUUAACAGAUAUGAAAAAGACUCUCCAACGAGAACUGAGAGUUCCAUCGUCAUCAUUGGACAGUGACGUAGAACCUUCUGCAGCAAUUCUGAAACCAAGUUCAUCGAAAACCGUCACUGCUAGACAUAACAACACAAGGGACGACGAUGUCAACUUCAAAUACCUUAAACAUGUUCUCAUAAAGUUCCUAACCAGUAGGGAAUACGAGGCUCUCCACUUAACGAGAGCAGUCGCUACUCUUUUACAUUUUUCGCCCGAAGAAGAGCGAUUGCUUCAAGAAACUUUAGAAUGGAAAAUGUCAUGGUUUGGCACCCGGCCUAAUUUAGGUUUUGGACAAACUGCCAAAGCCAUACCGCCUAGCUAAUAGCCGAAACAAAUUCCUUUCCCUAUAGGUAUCAUAAAAGCGGUCACGGGCCCGUGGUUAAAAUCGAAAAGUUGGGUCGCGUCGAUGUUCAGUCAGGAAUGAUCCUGAGGCAGUCGAAAGAUUAGAAAAAGGACAAAUAAAUUUAUAAGCUAGAAAUUUCAUAAAUUUUGUAAAAUAUUUAACAUUUACGACACGUACGUAAUUUAUUCACAAAGGCUAGAAAUACAGACCGUAGUGGGCUUCGAGGGCGUGCGGUGAAAUUCGUAGGGUCGAACCGGUAUUUAGGUAAAUUUGUAACAUGAACAUAGAAGAGUUUGUAAGGAUAUUUACACCGAUGUUAAAUAAAUUAGCAAAGGAUAUACAUACGAUCAGCGUAGCCAGAAAAAUAAUCUGAAUCGCCUCCUUUGAGGUGUGUGGGGGGGAGGCAGCAUGUCGCAGAAGCUUUUGUGGCGAUCAUCAGUGCCGAGCGAUGUCAAAUUCCCAGGCCCACACCUGUGGAUCAGAGGAGAGGUUAGAAACAGCGAAUAAACUUGAAAUUAAAGUAACAAAGAAUAGUUUAUUAUCAACCGUGAAAGUUUGGAAUCUGAGAGUGUCUGGGUUAGGUCAUGAACGGCGCAAGGAAAAGGAGAAACAAGUGUUCCUAUUAUCCUGUUGCUUUUCUCACUGCUCCGCAUGGCGCUAGGUGGCGAAGGACCCCACGUCGUGCUACCUACCCCCUACUCCUAAAAAAUGGGAUUUAGUUUAUUGUUCUGAUCACGCUCCACACAAUGUACAAGAAAACGCUCAGUAUCGAGUCACAAUAUACAGGGUGUUCGGCCACCUCUGGGAAAAAUUUUAAUGGGAAAUUCUAGGGACCAAAAUAA